CCUUGGAUUCGUGCAGAAAGCCAUUCGUGACUGUGUUUUCUGCCUCCGAGAAAUUUUAGAUUAAAAAAGAUGCUUUCAGAAUGCAGCUCGUUUUUGAAGGGUGUGAUGCUAGGAAUUACCGUGUUUGCCUUGAUCACAGUGCUUGGACACAUUAGGCUAGGUCGCAGAAACGGAAUGCACCACCAUGAGCAUCAUCACCUGCAAGCUCCUAACAAAGAAGAAAUCUUUAAAAUGCCAGACGCCCAACGCGUGGAACUCAGUAACAGCUUCCGGGUAUACUGUCUGGUUCUUGUCACCCCCAAAGAUGUGAGUCUGUGGGCCGCAGUGAAGGAGACUUGGAUCAAACACUGUGAUGCAGCAGAGUUCUUCAGUUCUGAACGUGUUAAAGUCUUUGAGUCUGUUGCUGUGAAUGAGAGCGACACCUGGUUGAUGAUGAAAAUAGCUUACUUAUAUGCCUUUAAUAAAUACAAGGACCGAUAUAAUUGGUUCUUUCUCGCAUAUCCCACUACAUUUGCUGUAAUCGAAAACUUAAAGUAUUUUUUGUUAGGAAAAGAUCCAUCACAACCUUUCUAUCUAGGUCAAACGGAAAUUCACGGAGGCCUUGAAUAUGUGCGUCUUGAGGGAGGAGUUGUUUUAAGUAUAGAGUCGAUAAAAAGACUCAACCGCCUUCUCAUUGUCAGUCAAAUGUGUCCGGAAGAGGAAAGACAGAUUUGGAAGGCGACAGAAGAAAUGCUGCUAGCUCUCUGUCUGAGAAAUGCAGGGGUGUUUGCAGAAAAUGCUGAAGAUGAUGACGGAAAGAAUUUAUUUAACACUAAAACUAUUGGGAUGUUUAUUAAGGAAGCAAUUACUGAUUACCCAAACGAUAUAGUGGAUGGAUGCUGUUCUGACAUGGCUGUUACUUUCAGUAGACUGACUCCUGAUCAGAUGCAUGUGAUGAUGUAUGGGGUGUACCGUCUUAGGGCAUUUGGACGUAUUUUCAGUGAUGCUUUGGUUUUUUUCCCCCCAAAUGGUUCUGACAACGACUGAAAAUAUUUUGAGUCAGUAUUUGAUAACCAUAGAAGACAUGUUAGCGGCAGUAAUAAUAUAACCAACAGAGUAGCAUGCCUCUUUUCUGGUCUAGUCAUAUUGUGUCACCACACAUUGAAGUUCAGUUUAUAUCCUUAAAUGAUAUGUUAUUUUCCCUUAAAGCACUUAGCAUAUUUUUUACAUGUUAUAGAUAAAUGCUUUAAUAAUUACAACAAUGCAAAUAAAGAAUGCAUUUAUAAAUAUAUUU